AGUGACGGCGGUGGUGGCAGCAGCAAUGGCGGCUCGGUGCGUCAGGCUGGCGCGUAGCGGUCUACCGGCUUUGGCGUUGUCUCUCAGGCCCUCUCCUCGGUUGCUGUGCACAGCUACCAAACAAAAGAACAAUGGCCAGAACCUUGAAGAGGACCUGGGUCACAACGAACAGAAGACAGACCAACCCUCAACAGACAAAAUCCUCCUGGAGGAGAAGGUGAAGCUGGAAGAGCAACUGAGGGAGACCGUGGAAAAAUAUAAACGAGCUUUGGCAGAUACUGAGAACUUGCGGCAAAGGAGCCAAAAGCUGGUGGAAGAAGCAAAGUUAUACGGUAUCCAGGGCUUUUGCAAGGACUUGCUGGAGGUGGCAGACAUUCUGGAGAAGGCAACCCAGAGCAUACCAAAAGAAGAGCUUCAUGAUGACAAUCCUCACCUGAAGAGCCUGUAUGAGGGGCUGGUGAUGACGGAGGUCCAGAUUCAGAAGGUGUUCACAAAGCAUGGCUUACUCAGGCUGGACCCUGUCGGAGCCAAGUUCGACCCAUAUGAACACGAGGCCUUGUUCCACACACCAGUGGAGGGGAAAGAGCCAGGCACAGUGGCACUGGUUAGCAAGGUGGGGUACAAGCUGCAUGGGCGCACCCUAAGGCCCGCCCUGGUGGGGGUAGUGAAAGAAGCAUAGCUGCCUCCUGCAAACCUUUGGACUUUUAGGGUCACUUGCUACAACUCUUACCUUUUCUCAUCUGUGAAUGCAUUUGACCUUUGCCCAGCCUUGGUGGAACAGGAAAGUAAGCUGCGUGGCCACCCAUGUUAAAGAGUCCUGAUCUGGGAGCCUAGUCACUGGUUUUUAGCACCAUGUAGCUCCAUGUACUUCCAGGAGAGGGCUGUAGGACACCUCUGGAAUGUUGUGGAUAAAGCUGUGUCUUCUCAACCCAGGUGAUUGCUAUGUAUUUUAACAAAUAAAAGGUCUUUAGGAAUUCAGUUUGGCUACUUGGGCAUAUCUGUCUGCACAGACCACUGAAGCAAAGGCCAGAGUGGGAACAUUAUUCUUGCUAAGAAAGUUUGAGGGUAGUUGUGAUGAUGAACUUCUGUAAUCCCAGCCCUGGUGGCUGAUGGAGAAGGACCUCUAGUUUGAGACCAGCCUGGGCUGGUUUGAGAUCCUAUCCCUGUGGGACUUGGGAGGCAGAGAUUGGGAGGAUCCUGGUUUGAGGACAGUUCAGACAAAACUCGAGACUCUGCCUUAACCAACAAAGGCA